CAGAAGCAGUGCAAGAAAUCGUCCUUCGCCUUCUACCAGGCGGUGAGGGACCUGCUGCCCGUCUGGUUCCUGGAGGACAUGCGGACCAUGGAGGUCUUCCACUGGGAGGACGGGGGCAAGGUGAGCGUGUACUCACCCUCGGAGGCCCUGCUCUACGCCCUGGUCCACGACCACCAGCCCUACGCCCGGCACCUGCUGACCAAGUUCCCCCAGAGCGCCCUGGCCGUCCCCAGCCAAAGCUUCAGCUGCUGCCAAGCCUCGGCCCCGCACCUGGCCAUGGCCGUGCGCUACAACCGCGUCCGCGUCCUCUUCCGAAUCCUCAAGGCCAUCCAAGCCUUCCCGCCCGGCGAGCGAGCCGGCCUCCUGGACCGCCGGGGGUGCAGCCGCGUGGAGGGCGGCAAGACGGCCUUGCACGUGGCCUGGCAACUGGGGUGCUUGCUGCUGCUGCUGGGGCACGGCGCCUCGCCCUGCCUGCAGGACGGCGCCGGGAACACCCCUCUCGACACCUUGCUGCAGCAGAUCUCCCACGCACCAGCGGCCAACACGCGUGCCAAGCUCCUCUGCCUCGACUGCCUCUUCUUCUUUGUGCCUCCGGACCUCCCGUUCGCCAUGAAACAGCAACUGUUGGACAACCGGCAGCGCUGGCAGGACCUCCUGGGGGAGAGCAGGUUCCAGUCCCUGCUGGGCUUGGCUCCCCCGUCGCUGUUCGUCGGAGCCAUGCGUGUCUUGAUCAGGACCAUUUCCCCUGAGCAUUUCCCGGAGGCUCUGGACAAUCUGCCUCUGCCUCAUUUUCUCAAGCCUUUGGACCUGAAACUGGAGAGUUAGAGGGGUGGGACGAGAGGCUCCCGCUCACCUGGCAGAAACAGACUGUUGUGCUAAAAAUGUAUCGGUAUCUGAAGCUGCUAAUGCGGCAGCCAAGAACCCGUUUUAAUUAGAACUGUAUUUUUUAAAAGAAUCGUAUCCGGCACUUUACAACAUAUUUUAUU